AUGAUGCCGAGGCCUCUGUGCACUGGGGGAUUUGAUUCUCUACCGCUUGAUCCGUCUCUCGGGGCAUUGUGGUUGCGUGAGGUUCUGAAAGCAACACUUUUGAGCUACAUGGCCAAGGCGGGUGCUCCGGAGAAUCUGCGUUAUUCCCGCGAUACCCUGGCACCGGCAUUGCAUUUCUUGGAGUGUAUGUUCCUGACCAUAACGAGCGGGCUGUUUGCACCCGAUGCUACCAGGGCUGGGCGCUGGACCCAGGGAGUGCGCUCGGUGGAUGAUGCGAUCCGAUUUCUGUCGGGGAAGCCGGCUCCAAGUCAGGCCGCGGGACCCGGCCCGGCCGAAGCUGCGGGGGCCGACGAGGCUGUGCAGUCUGAUCCGGAAUCGCCAGCGGAGAGCAUUGGGUCUGCAGGUGAGGCCGAGGAGGCGGGAGUGUCCAUUUUUGCGCUUGGGUCGGACUUGCAAGUGUCCGACGACGCCAGGCGGUCCGUUCGGUGUUUUCAGCAUAAGCUGAGCGGGGUGAUCCACGCAGCUAGGGAUGAUCAGCCUCCAGAUGAGGGGGAGAUGACAGAGGCCAGGAACCAGUUGAAGCGCAAGGGAUGGUCGACCUUCGGGACAUUUGCCUUUUGUGUCCCGGGCGAGCCUGGCCGUAUCGCUGAGGAUGUGUUCAAGACCGGUGUUGCGACCCCGAUCCUGGGGGCAGAUGGCGAUGAGCAUCAUGCUAAGCUUCGCCGGUUGCACUUUGAGGCGUAUGCACUCACUGCGGCCGAGCUCAAGCGCACGGCCGAGUCGACAGAGUCUGAUCAGCCGCGUAAGGUUCCGACGGCUGAGCUUGCGGCUAGGUACAAUGUCUUGCAGCGCAGGGUGUCGCCUUUGCGAUUAGUAGAUAGGCUUGAACCUUCCCACUCCUUGGUAAACUUGGCGGCCCAAAUGCUUGAGGAUCAACGCGUGCGAUACAUUGAAUGGUCAAAGUGCACAAGCCGGGCCCAAGAAAUAAAUCUUGUGAAGGAGGAUUCCAGCUUAAAGGUCCUGCAAGGUGGUCGGACCGGUGCGGUCAAACUUGUGGAUCCGGGAUCUCGGCUCACGGCUGAGACUAAGUCCGACCUGGAGGUGAUGCAAGCCCUCCGCAGGCGCGGCGUGGCUUAUGAGCUUGCUGCCAUCAUGACGUUUGAGCGGCAUGAGGAACUGAUUGAUCGCUUGUUCAUGGAGUAUCAGCGUGAGCCCAUGCAAGGGUUCCAUCCUGUGUCCCUGGCACAGUUGCAGGCCGCCGAUCGUGAGAUCCAUGUGCGUAUGGGUGAGCAUACACGGGCGGGACUGACCCCGGAUGCGACCGGCGCUCUCCCGCUGGAUGGGCCGCUUGGAAAGGUUCUGAGCGGACCGCACAUCCAUUGGAUGCUUAUGCCGCGCCAGAAGGGCUCUGCUUCAGUUGGGGAUGCCACUGAAAAGCCUCCAAAGUUGCCAAAGCCACCAAAGAAGACCGAUCUGUCGAAGGCGACGGACAAGGAUUCAAGGGGCGACAAAGACCAGAAUGCUGGCAAGGGGUCGGGGCCGAAUGCGGCCGAAAAGCCGACCAAGCAGCGCAAGGUGCGCUUUGUUAUGCCAAAGGCUUUGAUAGGGGGAGUGCCCCGGGAUGAUAGUGGGAACAACAUCUGUUUUGAUCACAAUCUGAAAAAGUGCCCCAACGUACGUGCAGCUGCGUCCACACCCGUGCAUGACACUGCCAACAGCCAUUUUGGCAACCGCAGUGAUUCGAAUGCAGAAAAGUUUGCCUCGGCAUGCGUCGGCAAAGUCGAUGCUGCUACGAUUCUUCACUUGUUGAGCCUUUUGCCAUCCGAGGCCCCGUCUCGCGGCUCGCGGAUUCAGGGCCACGGAUCCGAGUUUUCUUUUACGACCGGCGCAUAUACUUUUGAUCAUGGUGAGCGACAUGGUUUGCGACAGCAUUGCCGCGAGUUCCCACACACAACCAAACUCUUGAAUGCAUUUAUGAGGCAACAGGCGCCAACUGCGGUUUAUACCACCUUGGCCCUGUUUCGUGAUCUUGAGACGCGGGUUCACUCUGACAAGGGAAAUGACCCCCAGCAGCUGAAUACCAUCGUUAAGGUGUCAAACUUCUCCGAUGGCGGCCUCUGGAUCGCAGACCCGCAAGGCAAGGUGCCAUGCCCUCUGUCCGACGAGCAAGCACAUGGACGUGUCCUGCCGUUUAAUGGACAAGUUUUGUCCUUUGAUGCACAGAGCUUUCCGCUUUGGGUUUUCCUCUCCCUGGUAGGCGCCCUGACUCGACGGCCGGCAUCCGACCGUAACGCGCCACCUGAGUCCUCUGGUGUGUUGCGCAACAGUGGCAAGUCAAUCAGACCUUCGUUCCUGGAGAUUUUCUGUGGUUCCGCCGGUUUGUCUGCGGCUGUGCGAAAGUUGGGAUUUCAGGUUCUCGGCGUCGAUCACAAGCCCACCGCUAAGCAUGCAAAUGCACCCUUCAUCAGCCUUGACCUGCGUGACCCUGAGCAGCAGGAACGCUUGUGGGUGGAGUUACGGCGCGCGGAUGCCGUCUGGCUGGCGCCCCCAUGCGGGACCUCAUCUAGCGCUAGGUCGAUACCUCUCGGCAACUCCAAACACGGCCCCAAGCCAUUGCGGUCCAAGGAGUUUCCCGAUGGGCUCCCAACACUGGCGGAUGUGGAUCGUGACCGCGUCAACAGUGCAAAUUUGUUGUAUGACUUUACUGCAAAGGUCUUCCGUUUCUGCAAGUCCAAUGGCAUCUUGUGCAUUGUGGAGAAUCCCGUCGGCAGCCUGAUGUGGCGCACUUCGUGGUUCCGUUCAGAAAUUCCAGAUGGUUUCUGGCAUGAGCUUCAUGCCUGCAUGUACGGAUCUUCCAGGCGCAAACGCACGGCUCUGCUGGCCACUUGCACUUUGCCCGGCUUGAUGCUGCAGUGUGAUGGGGCGCACAAACAUAAGCGAUGGGGUCGGUCCCGAGACCCACAAACCGGGCAAUGGAAGUAUGCCACUUCCGAGGAAACGGCCUACCCUGCCGGCUUCUGUGCUGCCGCUGCUCGCGAGAUCCAGCUGGCGCUUGAGCGUGUUGGCGUCUGUGUGCAACCGUCCGAAUCCACUGACGGCGCAAUCGCAGCGACCUUUGCACAGCGCCAGCCACGGCGGGGCCGUGGUGUCGUGGGUCCUGCUGAAUACAAACGCCUGCACCGCAUUAUCUUGCCGCGGGACUUUCAGCCACCGGAGUGCGUUCCCGCUGAUCCGCCGCCAUGCUUGGUUGACAUCCCUUCGGGUUCAAAGCUGCUAUGGACUCGCGUCUUUGUGGAUGGGGGAGUUGAGCGCCGCGAGGCAGAAUUUGGGGUGUACCACACACCUCAAGAAUUCUUGAAAGAGGCCAUGGCAACCACGCAUCCCUUUGAUAGUGCCGUGUCCAUUGACGGUCCGAACCUUAGGGCCAUUGCCUAUACUCUUGAGCACGGGGUUGCAGCUGUAAAGCAGAAGCGCCUCUCAGUCUUGGAGCAUUAUAGGGCGCUUGAGAAAUCACUGCGGGAGGAUGAACGUGAGCUUAAGCAGUCCAUGGACCCAUCAGUCCGGGAGGUGAUGGGGUCCAAAAAUCUCCUGCUGUUCAAGCAGAUGUUGCUGGAUGCCGGUGUGCCUGACGAGCACCUCUUCGAGGAUAUGGUUCGGGGUUUUAGACUCACGGGCCCCUUAGAGCCUUCUGGGUUGUUCCCCCCUAAGUAUAAGCCUGCGUCUAUCUCGGUGGACGAACUCCGGCGCACGGCCUCUUGGUCGAAACACCUGAUCGAGGCGGCCUGCCGGAAAGCGUCUAAAGACCCGGAUGUUGCAAGGUCCGUUUGGGAAGAGUCUCUUGCUCAGGUGAAGAAAGGUUGGCUCGCCGGCCCUUUCACUUGGGAGCAAAUGGACCAAAAGUAUGGUGGCACUUGGGUGGCUUCCAAAAGGUUUGGGGUUUCCCAGGGUGACAAGGUUAGGGCGGUUGAUGAUUUGUCGCAGUUUCAGGUAAAUGCCUCCGUUACUGAGACAGAGAAGAUUCAGCUUGAAGGGCUCGAUGAUAUUGUGGCACUUGCGAGGUUCCACCUGGGCUCCACAGUGGCCGGCACAAAGGUUUUCCGGCUUCCUAUGUCCGGCGGAGGCGUUUACCAGGGCCGCCUGCAUAGGGACUUCAGGGACGGACGGGCAAGAAAUCUGAAGGGCCGAGCCCUAGACUUGCGGAGCGCCUACAAGCAGUUAGCCCGGCACCCUUCAGACGAUUGGGCAUCGGUGCUAGGUGUCCUGGACCCAGACACCGGCACCGUCUCUUACUUUGAGAGUUCCGCGCUCCCGUUCGGAGCGUCGAGCGCAGUGACAGGCUUUAACCGGGCCGCCCGAGCCCUGCGCAUUAUCAUGUCGAGACUUUUGCUCCUUGUGAAUACGUCAUUCUUUGACGACUUUUGCCAACUUGAGAUCGAUGGUCUGACCGACUCGGCUGAUCAGGCUGCGCUUGCAUUGCUGGACCUUCUUGGCUGGGAGGUGUCUGAUGGCGACAAGCUUAAACCUUUUGCUUCGGAGUUCACUAUGCUUGGGGCCGUGCUAUCCUUCAAAGAUGCUGGCAGGGGCUUGAUUAGGAUUAGAAAUAAACCUGGGCGAGUGGAAGAGAUUGGCGACAUGGUGGAACGCCUUGCCUCCGACCCCGGUGAGGGGGCGCGCUCUCUUCCUUCCCUUAAGGGCAAGCUCUUGUUUGCAGCCUCGCAUGUGUUCGGCCGUUGCGCACAGGUGGCUACGCAGCUUAUUCAUCAUGCUGAAAAGCACCAAGGUUCAGGGGCCCAUGCUUGUGUCGAGGCGGCUGUACGUCGCGCUUUGGAUACCUUGAAGGCUGCUGGGGAUCGUCAGGUGAACCUGUGGUCCGAACAGCCGCCUGUCAUAGUUUUCACAGACGGGGCGUGUGAAGAACGCGGCUCUCAGGUGACGCAUGGGGCAGUCAUCGUGGACGUUGCAUCGCAGACCUAUGAGGUGUUCGGGGGCCACAUCCCAGGGCCUCUUGUUGAGGUGUGGCGUGGGUCCGGACGAGUGCAACUGAUUUUCUUCGCAGAGCUUUAUCCAGUCUUGAUUGCGAGGCGCACUUGGGGAAAGGUGUUGAGGAAUCGGAGGGCACUGUUCUUUGUGGACAACGAAGCUGCCAAGGCGGCUUUGAUCCGAAAUUACUCGCCCUUGGUUGACGCCGCCAACAUGUUGGCGGAUAUUGCUGAGCUUGAUGUCGUGAACCACUGUUUUCCAUGGUACUGCCGGGUGCCAUCAAAGAGCAACUUUUCUGAUGCAGCUUCGAGGUUAUCCUUUGGGGAGUAUGAGGAACGCUUCCGAAAGGUGCAGCCCAUGAUCGAGGCAGCUUGA